ACAGGCAACAAGGUGAAAUUGAGAAAGAAUUGCCCUCUCUGAUCAAGAGUAUAGGACAGGCAGAGUUUCACUCCAUUCAGGAGCAGAGCAGAGAGGGCAUGGCAGGAGGGGACACUGUGGUAGUGUCUCCACUUCAGGAUGAGACUCCACACAGCUGCAAACAGGGGCCAAGAAAAUACUUAGCGUUUAGACAAAAGGUGUUUUCUGCUGAUGUCCUCACUCCAGGAGCCUCCAACAUCUCAAGCGAUAUUUGUGCUGGCCCCCAAAUGUACCACGCUUUGCUAAAAGAGGCGGAUCUUGAGCAGCACACCCCUAAAGUCACAACCUUCAGGAUGCCUGAGGACCUUGAAAGUGUGCUGGAUAAGCAAGUGAUGAGACCAACCACCGAGAACCUCACCAAGUCAGAUUUCCCAGUACAAUCAUUUAACCCCAAAGUGCAGGUUCCUUACCAAGUGCUUCCAGGGCAGUGCCCUCGGAGGAUUGAAAUAGAGAGGAGGAGACGGCUAUAUCUCACCUUUGAUAUUGCACAGCUUUUGGCCAGCAAGGGGAUAGACUCCAAUCAGCUCAUGCCAAGGCACCAUGAUCCUGACAAUAUGCCAACAAUUGAGGAUAAGAAAGAUCUUCUCUUUCCCAUCUAUCUCCCGUUAAAGAUAUUUGACAAUGAGGAGUAUGACUGUCGAACUCCGGAGGAGUGGAUCUCGCUAGGACUGGAGCCAGGAUCUCAUGAUAGAAAGCCAGUGCCUGGAAAAGCACUUUUACCUACAGAUGAUGUUCUUGGACACGAGGACCCUAAAAACCCAAAACUAAUCUACCAGUGGAUUGAUGUUGGUGUUCUGGAUUAUGACAAGGAGACAAAGCUCUACUUGGUCCAUAAAACAGAUAAGAAUGGGAUGGUGCGGAAUGAAGAGGGGAGACCCAUCCUCAAUGGAGGAGUAACUCCAGAAGGAAGAGCCCCAUUGUUGCCAUGUCAGUACUGGAUGCCACGUGUUUGCCUGUUGUUUCUGUCUGAAGAUCCCCGAGUGUUUGCACAGAGAGUAGUUUCUGCUGACAACUUGCGUAAGAAGACACAGGCGCUGCUUCUGUAUCACUUGUAUGUGGACUGUAUGCCCACAGAUGGUCUAAAUAGCAUCAGUGAGAAGAGCCUGCAGAGAAUGAAUGUGUUGGCUAUGCAAACUCCCAAACUGAGGAAAGAAGACAAGAGGAUAUUGGACCAUAUGUGUUGCCUGGAGAAAGAAGUUAAAUUAAACUAUGAACAUACCAUAAACAAGAUUAACUUUGACAGAAUUGUCACUUCCAAACCUGAGACGUUUUCUUAUGUUACCUUGCCAGACAAAGAGGAGGAGGAAGUACCAGAGAAAGGGCUCAUCUGUAUCCCAGACUAUCCUUUUAAGAAACAAGAGGAAGAUUUCAACUUUGUCUCACUCCUGAAGAGGCCAGAAGUCAUCCUUCUCCUUACACAGGUGCAAGACGAGUGCAACAAGGUAGCCAUCACAUCUCUGUUUAACACAGCCUUGGCCAAGUAUGUCUGCUUGGAGGAGUUUGAACAGAUCCAGACCCAAACCUUCACCGAGGUUCAGAUGUUUCUCAAGGAUACUUGGAUUGAUACUCUAACAACUGCAAUAAUGAGCAACUUGAGAGAAGCAGGGACAGACUGGUACAAACUGGAACAGAGCAACUGGGAUGUGUACCUGCUGUCCAAACUGCGUAAGCUGAUGAACCGCAUCAGAUUCAUGCUUCAGGACUCUCUGAGGUAUCUGGUCCAGAACUCACUGAUCAACUUCACCCAGCUUGUGGUGGAUGCUUGUCAUGGUGCCCUGAAUUGCUUGAAGGACAUGGAGUGGGGAGAUGACCUCAUCAAUAGUCCCUACAGGCCUCUAAGGAACCCACUCUUUCUAACAGACCUCGUGCUAGACACCAGUGGCAUUCACUUCAGCCCCCCUGCAGAGAGCUUUGAGAAGUCCCUCGUUUCUCUGUUCGAUGAGGGAAUCCUGGCAACACACACUGUCCCGCAGCUGGAGAAGUAUGUGCUGGAGAACAUAUCUAUCACAGGCACACCCUUGCUGGAUUCAGUGGGCUUGCACGAACCAAAUGUGGAAAAACUACGUGAGACUAUGUGCUCUGCCAUUCAAACAGCAAUGAUCCCUCUCCAUGCCUAUGCCAAGAGAUAUGAGAAGUUCUUGGAGCUAAAUAACAACGACAUCCAGUACUUCCUAGGGGAGUAUGAAGAGCAAUGUCCAUCUGCCCAGGAGGUGGUGAAUAUAGUAAACAUGUACUUGUCAGAAAAGGAGAACCUGGACAACACUCUACCUGUUUCUAUUGUCAUUGGUCCCUUCCAUGUCAGCACAGAAGUUGUUAAGCAAAAUCUGACUGCAAAAUACAAUGCGCUUGCCAUUUCCAUGUUGGACAUACUGGCUAAAAACCUUCAUUUGCAGGUGGAGAAUAUCUGCAGCACGUAUGAAGCCACUAGCUGCAGAAUGCAUGAGAAACCAAACAAUAUUGAGGAGCUAACUGAGCUGCGGGAGUGGAUGAAGAGCAUCCCUGAGCAGCUGGCUGUGCAGGAGGAGCUGAUUCGUGAAGUCAUGGAAGAUUACCAGGUCAUGGAGGAAUUCCUUUACAACCUUACUGAAGAAGAUUUCAGUGACAAGUGGACUGCAAGUUACUGGCCACUGAAAAUAACUAGGCAAGCUGAGUGUGUUCGGCACCAGCACCAGGAGGAUGAAGACAGAUUUCGUAAAAACCAUGUCAUAGAUCAAAACAGCUUUCAAGACAAACUGGAAGAGAUGGAGCUGACUGUAGGUGGAUUUUCCAUCCAGGCGGAUGCUAGCCAAGCUAAUGGGUUGGCUAACAAAGCAAGGGAGGUCAGGAAGCAGCUGCAGGAGCUUCAGAAUUUGGCAGCUGUCUACAACAACAGGGAAAGAAUCUUUGGGAUCAAAGCUACUAAUUAUGGUGGGCUAUCCAGGAUGGUUAAGGACUUCCAGCCAUACCAUGACCUCUGGACAACAGUGUCAGACUGGAUGCGUCAGCAUGAGAAAUGGAUGAAUGAUCCUCUCAUGGAAAUUGAUUCUGAACAGAUGGAAAAGAUUGUCAAUGACUCUUUUAAGAUAAUGCAGAGAUGCGUGAGGCAAUUCAAGGAUUCACCAGCCUGCCAGGGUGUGGCAAUGGAGUUUCGAGACAAGAUUGAUGAAUUCAAGCCAUACAUCCCCUUAAUUCAAGGGCUGCACAAUCCUGGUAUGAGAGAGCGGCACUGGGAGAUGCUGUCAGAAUCUAUUAAGAUGGAUAUCAAGCUGGAUCCCAGUCUGACAGUUUCUCGCUGCUUGGAAAUGAAUCUGCUGGACUAUAUCGAGAGCAUCAGCAAAGUAGCUGAGGCAGCUGGCAAGGAAUACGCCAUUGAGAAUGCGCUCAACAAGAUGGAGAGUGAAUGGAACUCCAUUUUUUUUACUGUGGACCCUUACAAAGACACAGGAACCUUUAUUCUGAAAAACACUGAUGAAGCUUCUCAGCUCCUAGAUGAUCACAUUGUCUUGGUUCAGAGCAUGUCCUUUUCACCAUUCAAGAAACCUUUUGAGGAAAGGAUGAACACAUGGGAAAAUAAGCUGAAGAUUACACAGGAUGUCCUAGAGGAAUGGCUGAACUGCCAGCUCUCUUGGCUCUACUUGGAGCCAAUCUUUAGUUCAGAGGACAUCAAAAGACAGCUCCCAUUGGAAAGCCAGCGCUACCAGGAAGUGGAUAAGGACUGGAGGGACAUCAUGAAGAGUGCUAAUGAAAACCUUGAGGUAAUUUCUUUGUGCCCUGAUCCUGUGCUACUAGAGAAGCUGCAAAAAUGUAACCAGCUACUGGAACUGGUGCAGAAAGGGCUGAGUGAAUAUCUGGAGACGAAGAGACGUGCUUUUCCCAGGUUCUACUUCCUUUCAGACGAUGAGCUGCUGGAAAUACUGUCUCAGACAAAAGACCCCACUGCUGUACAACCUCACCUCCGCAAGUGCUUUGAGAACAUUGCACAGCUACUGUUCCAGGAGGACCUUCAGAUUACACAUAUGCACUCUGCUGAAGGAGAAGAGGUGGAGCUGUUUGUUCCCAUCUAUCCCACUGAAAAUGUAGAGGACUGGCUGCUGGAAGUGGAGAAAACCAUGAAGGCCAGUGUACGGGACAACAUAGAAAGAUCAAUUGGUGUUUAUCCAGAGACUCCACAUACUACAUGGGUAUUGCAAUGGCCUGGGCAAGUGGUCAUUGCUGGCUCUCAGAUUUUCUGGACAAAGGAAAUGUCUGAAGCUCUGGAAGCUGGAGAUUUGGCCAGCAGGCUUUUCCCACAGCUGAGUACUCGGCUGGGCAAUUUGGUUGCCCUGGUCCGUGGAAAAUUGUCCAAGAUGCAGCGAGCAGUGUUGUCAGCUCUUAUUGUGAUUGAGGUCCACGCCAAGGAUGUUGCAGGAAAGAUGGUUGAGGAGAACGUGACAAGCAUGAAUGAUUUCGAGUGGAUCUCCCAGCUCAGAUACUACUGGACAAGAGGGGACCUAUACAUGAGAGCAGUCAAUGCUGAAUUUCUCUAUGGCUAUGAGUACCUGGGGAACACUGGCCGUCUGGUUAUCACACCCCUCACUGACAGGUGUUACCUGACGCUUACAGGAGCUCUGCACCUGAAAUUUGGAGGAGCACCUGCAGGACCAGCAGGAACAGGCAAAACAGAAACAACAAAAGACCUGGGCAAAGCACUAGCAAUCCAAACUGUAGUGUUCAACUGCUCUGACCAGCUUGACUUUAUGGCAAUGGGAAAGUUUUUCAAGGGACUAGCCAGCUCUGGCGCUUGGGCUUGCUUUGAUGAAUUCAACCGCAUUGAUAUCGAGGUGCUGUCUGUCGUGGCCCAGCAGAUCACAACCAUUCAGAAAGCACAGCAGCAGAGGGUGGAUCGCUUCAUGUUUGAAGGCACAGAGAUCCCUCUGGUCCCAUCCUGUGCAGUCUUCAUCACAAUGAACCCAGGGUAUGCUGGGCGUACUGAACUGCCCGAUAACCUGAAGGCUCUCUUUCGUCCCGUGGCUAUGAUGGUCCCAGAUUACUCCAUGAUUGCCGAGAUCUCACUCUACUCCUUUGGGUUUGAUGAAGCCAAAAUCCUUGCAAAGAAGAUCACCACAACAUUCAAACUAUUGUCAGAGCAGCUCAGCUCCCAGGACCACUAUGACUUUGGGAUGAGAGCUGUGAAGACUGUCAUCUCAACAGCUGGCAACCUAAAAAGAGAGAAUCCUAGUAUGGAUGAGGAGCUGAUCUGCCUGCGGGCUAUCAGGGAUGCCAACGUACCCAAAUUCCUGACGGAUGACCUCAGACUCUUCAGUGGUAUUGUCUCAGAUUUAUUUCCCAAGAUCAAAGAAGAGCCUGUUGAUUAUGGCAUCCUGGAAGAAGCCAUUCGCAAAUCCUGCAUCAAAGAGAACCUGAAGGAUACUGAUGGUUUUGUGACUAAAUGCAUCCAGCUCUAUGAGACUACUGUGGUUCGACAUGGCCUUAUGCUGGUGGGACCAACAGGUUCUGGGAAGACAAAGAGUUACCAAGUCCUGGCAGCUGCAAUGACAUCACUGAAAGGUCAGCCUGCAGCAAGUGGUGAGAAUUACGAGGCAGUCAGAUACUUUGUACUGAAUCCCAAAUCCAUCACAAUGGGCCAGCUUUAUGGAGAGUUCAACUUGUUAACGCAUGAGUGGACAGAUGGGAUCCUUUCCUCGCUCAUCCGGCGGGGAGCUGCAGACAUUGACACUAUCAAGAAGUGGUACAUGUUUGAUGGGCCAGUUGAUGCUCUGUGGAUUGAGAACAUGAACACAGUGCUAGAUGACAAUAAGAAGUUGUGUCUCAGCUCAGGGGAAAUCAUCAAGCUGUCAGAGAGUAUGACCAUGAUGUUUGAAGUCCAGGAUCUGGCUGUUGCUUCCCCUGCUACAGUGUCCCGCUGUGGCAUGGUUUACCUUGAACCCAGCAUCUUGGGGCUGGAGCCCUUCAUUGGCUGCUGGCUGCAAAAACUCCCAGGCAUCAUGAAGCCUUUUUCACAGCAGCUAUCAUCUCUCUUCAAGAGAUUCCUCAAGGAAGCCAUUGGCUUUGUCCGGAGGUUUGUGAAGGAGGCAGUUGCCUCAACAGACAGUAACCUCACAAGGAGCCUCCUCAUGCUCUUGGAAUGUUUGUUUCAGCCUUUCAUUCCCAUUGAGGGAAUUAGGACGAUUCCCCAGGAGAAGAUAGCUCGUAUCAACGAACUGAUUGAACCCUGGUUUAUAUUUGCCUUGAUCUGGAGUGUGGGUGCUACUGGAGAUUCCCAAGGUUACACAGCCUUCAGCUUGUGGCUGAGAGAGAAGAUGGCAAAGGAAAAG